GCGGAAGUAAACAAACAAAGAGCUAGCAGCGUUAGCUCCGUACUCUGCAUGCGGACAUAAAAAGCGUGAAGAGGGUGUUGUGUUCAUGUGUCGCAGGUAAAAUAUUCUGUUGUUAGCGAAGCAGCGAUGUCUUCACUUCAGUGUUUCAGAGAUUUAAUCACCGAACGACUAACUGUUGCUGCUGAAGAAAUAUUCAGACACGUCGAAAGAACCGUCGUAGAGUACGAGGAAGAGUUGGAUCGUCAGCGCAAACUGUUGGAGAUCGUUUGCAAACCUCGAGUAAAGUUAAAGCGAAUAGAGCUUCCACAGCAGCAUGUCCCUAAAGAGGAGGAGGUUCUCACUGAGCAGCAGCUCUGUAACCAGGAGAGGAACUCCAGUCUGGACCAAGAGGAACCAGAGUCACUACAGAUUAAAGAGGAGCAGGAGGAAAUCUGCACCAGUCAUGAGGGAGAACAGCUUGAAGUGAAGCAGGAGGCUGAUACAUUAAUGUUGACUCCUGAAAAUGAGGAAAGUGACCACAUGGAACCAGGAAGAAAUCUUCAGCACAGACUCUUUAUGAAGUGGGGCCCUGUAAUAAAGUUACAGAGGACAGAGCUUCCACAGCAGCAUGUCUGUAAAGAGGAGGAGGUUCUCACUGAGCAGCAGCUCUGUAACCAGGAGAGGAACUCCAGUCUGGACCAAGAGGAACCAGAGUCAAUACAGAUUAAAGAGGAGCAGGCGGUAAUCUGCACCAGUCAUGAGGGAGAGCAGCUUGAAGUGAAGCAGGAGGCUGAUACAUUAAUGUUGACUCCUGAAAAUGAGGAAAGUGACCACAUGGAACCAGGAAGAAAUGAGGAAGAUGUGGAUCUUCAGCACAGACUCCAUAUGAAGUGGGGCCCUGUAAUAAAGUUACAGAGGACAGAGCUUCCACAGCAGCAUGUCUGUAAAGAGGAGGAGGUUCUCACUGAGCAGCAGCUCUGGAACCAGGAGAGGAACUCCAGUCUGGACCAAGAGGAACCAGAGUCACUACAGAUUAAAGAGGAGCAGGAGGAAACCUGCACCAGUCAUGAGGGAGAACAGCUUGAAGUGAAGCAGGAGGCUGAUACAUUAAUGUUGACUCCUGAUAAUGAGGAAAGUGACCACAUGGAACCAGGAAGAAAUGAGGAAGAUGUGGAUCUUCAGCACAGACUCCAUAUGAAGUGGGGCCCUGUAAUAAAGUUACAGAGUACAGAGCUUCCACAGCAGCAUGUCUGUAAAGAGGAGGAGGUUCUCACUGAGCAGCAGCUCUGGAACCAGGAGAGGAACUCCAGUCUGGACCAAGAGGAACCAGAGUCACUACAGAUUAAAGAGGAGGAGGAGGAAAUCUGCACCAGUCAUGAGGGAGAACAGCUUGAAGUGAAGCAGGAGGCUGAUACAUUAAUGUUGACUCCUGAUAAUGAGGAAAGUGACCACAUGGAACCAGGAAGAAAUGAGGAAGAUGUGGAUCUUCAGCACAGACUCCAUAUGAAGUGGGGCCCUGUAAUAAAGUUACAGAGGACAGAGCUUCCACAGCAGCAUGUCUGUAAAGAGGAGGAGGUUCUCACUGAGCAGCAGCUCUGUAACCAGGAGAGGAACUCCAGUCUGGACCAAGAGGAACCAGAGUCACUACAGAUUAAAGAGGAGCAGGCGGUAAUCUGCACCAGUCAUGAGGGAGAACAGCUUGACGUGAAGCAGGAGGCUGAUACAUUAAUGUUGAAUCCUGAAAAUGAGGAAAGUGACCACAUGGAACCAGGAAGAAAUGAGGAAGAUGUGGAUCUUCAGCACAGACUCCAUAUGAAGUGGGGCCCUGUAAUAAAGUUACAGAGGAUAGAGCUUCCACAGCAGCAUGUCCCUAAAGAGGAGGAGGUUCUCACUGAGCAGCAGCUCUGGAACCAGGAGAGGAACUCCACUCUGGACCAAGAGGAACCAGAGUCACUACAGAGUACAGAGGAGCAGGAGGCUGAUACAUUAAUGUUGACUCCUGUUGAAGAGGAAAGUAACCACAUGGAACCAGAACCAGACAGUGACCACCAGCUCCUCUCUCACAGCUCUCCUGCAGCUCAGAGUCAAGAUCAGACAGGAAGUCACCAUGUUGACUCUUUGUCUAAUAGUCAUGCAGAGUCAAAGCCAUGCAUUACCAAAGUAGAAAACGGUGACACAUCAAAGAUAGAGUCUGAAACUUACACAGGUAAAAAGUCUUUUAAAUGUGAUACUUGUGGAAAAAGUUUUGUUGAUAAGUCUCAACUGAUCAUACAUAUGAAAGUCCACACAGGGGAGAAACCAUUUUCUUGCACAACAUGUGGAAAGUGUUUUAUUUCGCGUAAGGACUUGAUAGUCCAUGGAAGAAUUCACUCUGGUGAGAGGCCGUAUUCCUGUAAAACAUGUGGAAAGGGUUUUCAACGAAGGCCUAAUUUGAGAGACCAUGAAAGAAUUCACUCUGGUGAGAGGCCGCAUUCCUGUAAAACAUGUGGAAAGCAUUUUAUGCGAAGGUCUAAUUUGACAGUCCAUGAAAGAAUUCACUCUGGUGAGAGGCCAUAUUCCUGUAAAACGUGUGGAAGGGGUUUUACUCAAAGAGGGAGUUUGGUAGAACAUGAAAGAAUUCACUCUGAGAAGCCCUAUUCCUGUGAAACAUGUGGAAAAUGUUUUGUUGAUGGAAAUGAAUUGAAAGUCCAUGGAAGAAUUUGCUCUGGUGAUAGGCCGUAUUCCUGUAAAACAUGUGGAAAGAGUUUUAUUCAAAGGCGGAGUUUGACAGUCCAUGAAAGAAUUCACACUGGUGAGAAGCCCUUUUCCUGUAAAACAUGUGGAAGGGGUUUUACUCAAAGAGGGAGUUUGGUAGAACAUGAAAGAAUUCACUCUGGUGAGAGACCGUAUUCCUGUAAAACAUGUGGAAAGCGUUUUAUGCGAAGGUCUUAUUUAAGAGUCCAUGAAAGAAUUCACUCUGGUGGGAAAACAUAUUCCUGUAAAACAUGUGGAAGGAGUUUUCGUAAAAGUAAGGGUUUGAUAGCACAUGAAAGAAUUCACACAGAUGAGAGCCCACAUUCCUGUAAAAUAUGUGGAAAGUGUUUUAAUCAAAGGUGGCAUUUGACAGUCCAUGAAAGAAUUCACUCUGGUGAGAGGCCGUAUUCCUGUAAAACAUGUGGAAAGAGUUUUCUGCGAAGGUCUGAUUUGAUAACCCAUGAAAGAAUUCACUCUGGUGAGAAGCCCUAUUCCUGUAAAACAUGUGGAAAGGGUUUUAUUAAAAGGCAGAGUUUGACAGUCCAUGAAAGAAUUCACUCUGGUGAGAGGCCGUAUUCCUGUAAAACAUGUGGAAAGAGUUUUCUGCGAAGGUCUGAUUUGAUAACCCAUGAAAGAAUUCACUCGGGUGAGAAGCCCUAUUCCUGUAAAACAUGUGGAAGGGGUUUUACUCAAAGAGGGAGUUUGGUAGAACAUGAAAGAAUUCACUCUGGUGAGAGGCCAUAUUCCUGUAAAACAUGUGGAAAGCGUUUUAUGCGAAGGUCUUAUUUGAGAUUCCAUGAAAGAAUUCACUCCGGUGAAAGGCCAUAUUCCUGUAAAACAUGUGGAAAGCAUUUUAUGCGAAAGCCUAAUUUGAUAGUCCAUGAAAGAAUUCACUCUGAGAAGCCCUAUUCCUGUGAAACAUGUGGAAAAUGUUUUGUUGAUGGAAAUGAAUUGAAAGUCCAUGGAAGAAUUCACUCUGGUGAGAGGCCGUAUUCCUGUAAAAUAUGUGGAAAGUGUUUUAAUCAAAGGUGGCAUUUGACAGUCCAUGAAAGAAUUCACUCUGGUGAAAAGCCACAUUCCUGUAAAACAUGUGGAAAGUGUUUUAGUCAAAGCUCAGGUUUGAUAGUCCAUAAAAGAAUUCACUGUGGUGAAAAGCCAUAUUCCUGUUAAAUAUGUGGAAAGCCUUAUAUGUGGAGGGGGGGGUUGGUAGCACAUGAAAGAAAUCACACUGGAGAGAAACCACAUUCCUGUAAAAUAUGUGGAAAUUUAUGGUCAAAGGUCACAUUUGAUAAGACAUGAGAGAAUUCACACAGGCAAGCCAUAAACAUGUACAACACGUGGAAAAUGUUUCAGUCGAGGUUUGUCUUUGGUAGAACAUAAAAAACCUCAGAGGUGAGAAGUCAUAUUUCUGUAAAAUGUGGAAAGUGUUUUAUUUGAAAGGAGUAAUUGACAAUCCAUGAGAGUCCACACAGGAAUGAAGCCUUUCUCCUGUUAAACAUGGGCAAAGGAUUCUUGAUAUAAGUUCAGUUUGAUCGAACAUGAAAGAAUUCACUCAGUUCAACCAUCUUAAGUCUUUUAGUACAAGACAGUGGUGAGACCAGCGAUGCUGUAUGGUCUAGAGACAGUGGUACUGAGGAAAAGACAGGAAGCAGAGCUGUAGGUAGCAGCGAUGAAGAUGUAGCUGCUCGCAUCCGCUUCAAGUGCUUGCGUUCCAUGCUACAAACGGAUCCGGUCCAGCCUACAUCCAGGACAUGAUCAAAACCUACACCCCAGCCCCAACCCAGAUGUUGAGGUUCUCUUGAAACAAAGACGGAUAGGAUCAUGAAUGAGUCAUUUAGAGGAACAGCACAUGUUAGAUGUUUUGGAGAUAUGGUCAGAGAGGCCUGAAUGAGAUGGUUUGGUCAUUCACAGAGGAGGGAUAGUGAGUAUAUUGGUAGAAAGAUGCUGGGGUUGGAACUGCCAGGCAGGAGGUCUAGAGGAAGACCAAAGAGACGGUUUAUGGAUGUAGUGACAGAGGACAUGAAGUUAGUUGGUGUGAGAGAGGGGGAUACAGAGAACAGGGUGAGAUGGAGGAGGUUUAUUCGCUGUGGCGACCCCUGAAGGGAGCAGCCGAAAGGAAAAGAAGAAGAAGAAGAAUUGUACAUGCACAUGAAUUUUAAGUUCUGUCAAAGAGAGGGUUGAGGUGGGGUCCAAUUCUUUGAGCACUUAAAAUGCACUGCUGCUGCAGAGAAAGCAGCUCAGAGAGAACAUCGGUAAAAAGUAAUUUGAAGCUUGAUUUACACACACAUCCCACAUCCUAUAUUUGCUACUAAAAUAGCAACUGUUUUGAGUUAAGGUGAUCUUUAACAGAUUAUCUUUUAGAGUGAAUUAGAAAUGUUCUGACUCUGAAUAACACACCCUAUAUGUGCUGAGAGGCAUAUGAGAAAUGUGUGGUGUGAUUGAGUUGAUGUGAUGAAGUUGUGUUUAUAUUUUAGUAAUACCAUCAUUUGUAUUUGUCAUGAAUAAAAAAACACAUUUA